AUGAAUUUAGGGUUGCGUGGAAGCAGAGAAGGGGACACUCUCUGCUCUUCUUUCUUCCGGGUCCACUCUUCUUCUCCCUCUUUCAACGCUUAUUUAUUAUAAGUGUUUCUAUAUUUAUACACUUACUUUUUCAUUCCCAAACUAUGCAAAUUUCUUCUUCUCCAACCUCUUAAAUUUCUUCAGUUCAUACACUACGCACUCGUUAUUAGCUUACACUUCCUUUUUUAGCAAGCUACUACUAAGAAAUGAGUAAUGAUCAUGCUCAUAAUUCCGAGACUGAAAGCUGCUCAAACACUGCCACCUCAUCCUACUCGCCGCCGUGUUCUCCCGCUUCAACGCACUCUACUACUUCUAACAAACACACCGCCUUUGUCUCAUCAGAACAGCCCACCAACAAAAAGAGCAAACGCGUAAGAUCAGACACCAACAAGCACCCGGUUUACCGCGGUGUUCGCAUGAGAAACUGGGGGAAAUGGGUGUCGGAAAUUCGUGAGCCUCGCAAGAAAUCUCGCAUUUGGCUCGGUACUUUUCCUACGCCUGAAAUGGCGGCCAGAGCUCACGACGUUGCUGCUUUAAGCAUUAAAGGUAACUCAGCGAUACUCAACUUUCCUGACCUAGCUGACUCGCUACCACGCCCGGCCUCACUCGCUCCUCGCGACGUUCAAGCUGCUGCUACUAAAGCUGCACAAAUGGAUACGUUUGAUAAAAAAAUAACCGACAGUGCAACGUCAUCGUCGUCUUCAUUGUCAUCUUCUUCUUCAACUUCUUGUUUAUCAUCUCUGGUUUCUGCUAUGGAUUUAUCAGCAACGACAACGACAACGACAUCAUCAGAAGAGGAUCAGUUGAGUGAGAUUCUGGAGUUGCCGAGUCUAGGAACGAGCUACGAGUCAGCUGAGUUGAGCAGCGAUUUUGUGUUUGUGGACUCUGUGGACAACUGGGUUUAUCCUCCGUCGUGGCUGGAGGGAAGCGACGGUGUUUUUGAAGACUUGGCGGUGGCUGUUGGAGGAUUUAAUAUGGCGGCUAAUCUUACAACUGGUGGUUUUGGGCAAGGUUUGUUAUGGAAUUAGUGUGAUUUAUUUAUUUCUUUCUUUCUUUUUCUGUGAAUAAUGUGAUAUGAAGUGAGUGUUGUGUCAUGUUUUUAUUUAAUGUAAUUUAAAGAUUUUUAGCCCUUUUUGUUUUUCUUCAAAGGGCUAAAACUUUUGUUUGGUUGUGUAAUGUGACCUCUAUCAAUCUAACUGUACAGUUGUUUGGAAA